AUGAUGUCCCCGACCAAAUCCCUGCUACUGGCGCUUCUGACGCUAAGUGGCCUGGAUAUAGCCGCAGCCGAGAGCGCAGCCGAGGCGCAAGAAUUGCGGGAUCGUCACUAUCUUGCCGGUCGUGCAGUCAGCUCUUCUGUGAAUGCGUCCCCGGCCGUGACAUCUGCUACUACAACAUCCGAGACGAGUACCGCUGGCUUGACGACAGAUGCCGCGGAUCCCAGCGUAUCGACCAUUGACGGCGCCCCGGUUGUAGUUGUUGUUCCGGUAACCCUCUCCGUGGACGCGUACGGCGUCACGCACACCAUCGUCGGUACGCAACCGUUUGUUCCUGGAGCUUCGACGAGUUAUAGCGCGACAUCAGAGACAGCGGAGAAGGCGGCGGUGUCCCCACCGCCAGUUGCAGCAGCAUCGGCUACGACUACUGCGAGCGCCAGUACAACAAGCUCCGCUACAGCAAGUGACACAACAACGUCCCAACCCGCAGUGAAAGCCGACACAACCACCCUCGUUCUAUCUUCUACUUCUGAGCCCGCAGUGAAGGCUGACACGGCCUCUGACAACCCAUCCACAUCCGAGUCCGAUGUGAAAGUGGACACAACGACGCCCGUCAAGUCAUCCACGUCUGUGGCCGCCGUCAAGGUCAGUACAACAACUCCAGUAGAAUCACCUACAUCCGAGUCGGCCCUUAAAGUGGAAACCACGACGUCCGACAAGCCAUCCACAUCCGAGUCCGCCCUCAAGGUGGACACGACAACGCCUGACAAGCCUUCCUCCACUCCUGAGUCUGCAGCCAAAGUAGAUACGUCGUCCUCGGUUGUCGCCGCUGCAACUACCACUACUGGACAAUCUCUCAGUGGAUCGCUUGAGAGCUUUGUUUCCAGCUUGCUCGCAGGCUCGACGACCGUUCCCACUAGUGCUGGUAACGGCGCUGCCACGGCUAGCUCGACUGCAGUGGCCUCAGAAUCCGGCACAUCUACUCCCCCGGCAAGCUCCGCCGGAAUUAUCGGGGCUCUUUCGAGUCAGAGUUCUUCUACUGAGAGCUCUGCUACAGGAGCCUCCGCGGUUUCUCCCUCCGCCGCCCAGAGCUCGGCUAUCCAGUCACCCGCUUCUCAGAGUUCUGCUACGUCUACUCCCGCCCCAAGCUCUGCUGGAAUCGUCGGUCUUUUCUCGAGUCAGAGCUCUUCUACUGAGACCUCUACCGGAAGCUCGACUGUUUCUCCAUCUGCUACUCAGAGCCCGUCUGCUCAGACGUCUGGUAUCACAUCUACCCCUGCGGCAAGUUCUGCUGGAGUCAUUGGCCUUGUUUCGAGCCAGGGUUCUUCUACUGAGAGCUCUGCCACUGAAAGCUCAACUGUUUCUCCCUCUGCUACUCAGAGCUCGUCUGUUCAGACUUCUGCUGCCCAGAGCUCCAUCACGUCUACCCCUGCGGCAAGCUCUACUGGAAUCAUUGGUCUUGUUUCGAGCCAGGGUUCUUCUACUGGAAACUCUGCUACUGAAAGCUCAACUGUUUCUCCCUCCGUUGUUCAGAGCUCGGCUGUCCAGAGCUCGGCUGCUCAAAACUCAGUCACAUCGGCUCCCGUCUCAAGUUCUGCUGGGGUAGUUGGCCUUCUCUCAAGCCAGAGCUCUACCAAGAGCUCUGCAACUGAACACGCCACUGCUUCGCCCUCUGCCACUCAGAGCUCCGCCGUGGUGUCCAACUCUGCAUCCCAGACAGCUUCCAGCCAGGCUUCGACCGCCACCCAAGGUUCGGCCACCAGCAAUGCUGCUCAAACCACUGAGGCAGCUUCUUCCAAGGCCGUAAUUUCCGCAUCCCAGGAUGCCGCUUCUACUACUACUCCGGGUGCAUCGGGCCUGGUUGGUAUUCUGUCAAACUUGUUGUCCGGCACCACCUCUACUCAAUUGCCGUCGUCAUCUACUGCAUCUGGCUCGGCCACUGCACCGGUUUCUAGCGCCUCUGGCUCGGUUACUGCCUCUGAUUCUGCGAUUACAUCCGGCUCAGUUCCUGCAUCCGCUUCCACCGUGUCCGGUUCGGCUACUGUUUCUGGUUCAGUCCCUGUCUCUGAAUCCGCUAUUGCAUCCGCUUCGACUAAUUCCAUUGGCUCGACGACGGUUGCUGCCUCGGCCGUUGCAUCUGAAUCUGCCAUUUCUUCUGGCUCCGCCACGGUGUCUGGUUCGGCUCCUGCGUCGACAACGGCAGUGUCUGGCUCGGCCACUGUUUCCGGCUCGAUUCCUGCUACUGAAUCUGCCUUUGCGUCCGCUUCGACGGCUCCUUCCGGCUCGGUCAUUGCGUCCGAAUCCAUUACUGCAUCUGGUCCCGUUGCCGCGUCUGCUACUGCCUCCGACUCGGUCACGGCAUCUGCACCGGCUAUCAUCGCUGGCUCGGGCUCUGUUACCGCCACAAGUGCUAGCGCCUCUGUCGAGCCUGCGCUCCUAAGCCUGAGCCUGAGCCUGCCCACAAUCCCCGUCAGCGUUCCCUUGGUUACACCUACUUCUUUGCUGGGAUCGUCUGGCAUCCCUAUCCCUGCCUUGCUCAGCACCGCAUCAGACCUGACAUCGCUGGCUUCAGCUAUUCCCACCAGCGCUGCUGUGGGCCUGAGCAGCACCGGUUUGGACUUGACAUCCGUCGCUUCUGCAAUUCCUACGAGCGUUCCUGUGGGUCUGAGCAGUACCGCAUUGGAUCUGACAUCCGCGGCCUCCAUCGUUCCGACCAGCGGUGCUGUAAGCCUGAGUAGCGCGGCCCCAAGCGCUACUUCUGAUGCCUCGAGCGUUGCGGUCGGUCUGGGACCCACGGCUACCACAUCUACGGCUCUCAUCGCUCCCUCCAGUGAAACUCAGAGCUUCGCACCUGGCGCCUCGACCCCCGUCAUCGGCAGUGUUGCCCCCACAAGUGGUGCUAUUGUGCCUACCUUCUCUGAUAGUACCUCGGGUGCAGCUUCGACGGCUACCUCUGCCUUCGAAUCUGGAUCUCCAUCUGGAACUGCUUCUGAGGCUGGCUCUACCGCUGCGUCCGCCACUUCAACUGCACUGAUUGCUACCAAGCCCACGGAAGCUUCGGGAUCUGUCUCCGCAGCCCCAACUGUUGUCCCCACGGUUGUGCCCACGGUUGUGCCCACGGUUGCUCCCUCCGUGUACUCUAGCACUAGCACCAGCACCAGUGCGACUACUCCGUUGACUACUGAGCAGCCGACGGCCACCAAGGCUGUGGCCGAAACCACUUCUGCGCCAGCUCCCACGUCCAGCACGUCGAACGUUGAUGAUUGGAUGCCAUCUAGCAUUCUCAUUGUGGAGAGCACGACUUCUACGACUGAGCCUACUGGCACGGCCACUAAAGCUGCCACCACAACAACAGCUGCUGCGCAGCUUCCUGGCUCAAUCUCUCCGGCUGGAGGCAUCCCCGAAGAACCCAAGAACUCGACCUUGAUCCAGAUCGGUUUUAACGGCAAGCUUCGAUACAGCUUCGUGGCCACGACCCCCCUGUCCUCGUCGCAGAUCUUCACGUAUGUUCCGCAGGGUCUCCAGUAUGCCCUGUCGGCCAACGGCAGCGAUGUUGUCAUGUACGACAUUCAGCCCUACGAUAACUCGGCAAGCACCGGGUACAUCGCCACCGUUGCUUUGGCCUACGUCCCUUCGGGUGAUGUGGACACUCUGGCGCAGAUGCUUCACAACCCAAUUUCGAAACUUUACGAGCAGCCCAGCCAGACCGUCAAGACGUUGAUGUCGAUGAUCGACCCCUCCAUUCCCCUGAUUGUCAGCUCUGGCUCUUCGUCGGGUGGCGGUUCAUCCAGUAGCAGCGGAUCCGGCAGCAACAAGAGUAGCGGCGACGGUGGUUAUGAUCAGUCGGAUGCCGGGACUAGUGGUACAGGCACCACCAAGGCCAGCGCCGUUGGCAUUGGAGUUGGCGCUGUUGCCGGUGCGGCCGCCUAUGGUGCUGGUAUGUUCUGGGUCGCUCGUCGGUACCGCAAGAAGCGCCAGUUGCACCAGCGCAGCCCCUCGGCCGUGGACCAGACGAGCGAGGGCCGUGGAUCUGUCCUUGCUGCCGGUGGUCGCAUUUCCCGUGGUAGCCAGAACAGCCGUGGCACUGGUCGGUCACAGAUGAUCAGUGCGCCUGUGAUGGCUGAGAAUUCACUUGGAUGGAAUUAG